GCUGACCACGUUGAGUUGACACGCACGUGGGAUCAGACCUGCCAACUUACUGGCAUGGCACGCUACAUGAAGUCCCUACGAAAUCGCCAUUCGCGAGUCGUGUGUGGUCGAACCGUGGACGCACCUGAGGGUGUAGCCCAGCAAGUUGUGAUGGUGAAGGCGCUGAUCGACUUCUCAGGACCCGACUUUGCCAUACGGAAGGGCGAGGAGAUGAUCCUAAUGAAUAACGAGAAUCCCAACUUUUGGCGAGUAAAAACGACCUUCGGGGAGCGUGAAGCACCCUCAAUUAUUUUUACCACACUAGGCCCCAAUCAGAAUGAAGUGUUUAAGGCAAACAGCCUCCAAAAAAAGUGCGUCUCAGAUUGGAAGCGCGUUUUGGAGCGUACAAAAGGCAGACUGGUGAAGUACUACGCCACUCUCUUUGAACGCUACUGCCAACACGAUGUUGUCUACUUUGCUCACGAGGACGCAAUGAACGCCUUCCUUGACGACAUUGACAGCAUCCUAAUUGCGCCCAACUACGACAGUGGGAUCCUCCAUCACGCGUAUGAAGCUUUCACCAACACUCUAAUGCUUCUUUCACCGAAUCGACGACCUCCGCGUGGCGCAAUAGCACUUACUGAGUCGGACAUUCGAGCUCUACACACCCCACUGCGCUUAUUGCUUAACCAGAUGGCCCACGUGGAUCAGGUCCAGGCACGGGUUAGCAUGACUGCCGACGAAGUGCAGCGUUAUCUCAAAUCUGUCGAGGAUGAGCGCCAGCACAUCUACAACGAGAUCGCCCGCAUGGAACAGUUGCAAAAAGAGAAGGAAAAUCAACUAAAGAGUUUGGCAAAUAGGAUGGCGGAGUGGAAGAGCAAAAGAAGAGCCUUUGAUAGAAGCAUCGCUGACUACACUUCCGAGCCCGUUGAUGAUAUCCUAAAACAUUUUCCUUCUACCCGUCUUACGAAACCAAAUGUGGUUGGAAACGACUACCGCAGCUCCGCUGAUCAUUACGAAACCGAUGUCUACGAGCCCUCCAACAAAUUUCGCAAUCCCCAAAAUAGAAGUGACACUCCCUCUUCUGAUUACGGACAAGUCGCAAAGCAAAUGGUAACCUCACACACACGUUCCAAACCAAGCGGUAUGAAAUUUGCGGGUGGCGUGAUUCAAGAAAGCGCUACCAGCAGGGUCUGGGCUGGCAACGCAAUGAGUCUAAGACGAAGCGCCAGCACCAAUGAUCUCCAAACUCAAAUCCUCAGGGUCACAAUAAGCGCCUCAACACAAUGCGAUGAAACCGGUAGUACUUUUGAGUCAGAUACCUUCUAUGACGCAAAUGCGAGACGGCAAACUCUCCUUAGUGGUCAUGGCAGUUCCGUAGCGCGAGUAAAAGCUGAGCUUAAUACCAAGGGUGAAAGAAAUCAAAACACUACCGAUGUUCAAGCCCAGAUUAUUCGAGUGACAAAAAAUGCUAGUUCACAAGUGGGCGUACGUGUGAUGCCGAAGGCGAUUGACCUCUCUCGUGUAGACAUUGAUAAUCUCGGCCUGGAGGUGCAAAACAGUAGUGAAUUAACCGGCCUUGGUCUUCGUGUGGGGCAAGUCUUGUGUCCAGUGACUGUUGGAACGUCGAUGGAUUUAGUCGAAGGUCCUGGAGUGCAAGUUAUGGGCAUUAAUGAUAUUGAUUCAAUCAAUCUACAGCUAAGGGACUCUGUUGCCCACGCAACUGCAGAUGCCCACAGAAGGCUAAAAGUUCGUGAUGUUCAGGCUCAAAUAUUCUCAAGGUCUAAUAGCCCAGCCACAGCAUCAAUCCGUGAGGAUCUUCUUGGUGAUACUCGGGAUAGAGAAACCGUACGUUCUGAAGUUCAAGCUCAGGUUGGAACUAUUAACAAGGCUGUAGGAGUACAGGCCAUGGCGACAAUGGAGGUUGUGAACAUUCCUUCGCAAAAACCAAAGAAACGAAUAGCCGAGGGAGCAACCGCAUCAUUGUGUCUUUUGCCUGGAAAGGACACGAAGAGUGUGGAAUUUAUAGCAAACGAGCCCUCAACUUCCACUGUCAUGACUCAAAUUAGCUGUCUUUUGCAUUCACGAGGAAUCCACUCAGACCUGGAAUCGUACCUUUCUGACUAUAAAAAACGGAACGGACUCCAUUCAGAAACAUUAGAUUUGUGUACAAAGAAACCAUACGCUACUAGUUUCGCGGAAGGCAAUGAAAAGUCGCAUGAAAAUUUGAAACCUAUAGAUGUUGAAACACUUAUAUGCAAAGUAGUGCACGACGUCGGCACUCAAGUCUCAUCGAAACUUGUUCCAACGGAAGUAACUGUGGGCAAGAUUGGGAUGAAGAACAUGGAAGUAUCCUUUGUUGAUCCACUACGUAAAGUUGAUAUAGAUGUACCGAUUGAUUCACUCAUUUGUCCUGCUAAUAUGAAAUUUGAAUUCGAGCUCUAUGAAGGAAGUGGAUUUGAAUUAGCUGAUUAUAGCGGCUUGAGUGACAUCUUAGUCACUCACGAUGGUUCAGGUGCAAGAGGCUCGUUGAUGCCGGAUGAAGUCCCAGUCAGCCCCAGAGAUUCACAGACCCGAUCAAAUAGCGGAUUAAAAACACAAGCGGCAAUCGCACUGCGAAUAGAUAAAACUAAAAGUGCAGUAGGGGAAGUUGUUGCCAGUUCAAAAUACAUUCCAAAAUUGAAAUUUGUGGUAGCUGAUAUUGCAGGCCCCUCUAUUCAUGCACCGCAAACUCCAACAUCCGACUUGCAGACCCAAAUCAGCGACAUAUAUCGAUCAGCAGAUGGUACCAAAAAGAUGAGAAAUUUUGAUGAAUAUGGCAGCGAGUUUGCUCGAAGGUAUGAUACCGUGGAAGGUGAUUGGUCAGCUAAAUGCAAACCCAUAACAGAGACAAAUAUCACUGCUAGAACUGACCAAAGUGUUCGCGUGAUUGGUGAAGUAGUGUGCUCUAAGUGCCAUCAAAAAUAUCGCGAAAUCCAGAUGCAAUUUGACCCUGAUUUUAAAGGUGUUAAAAAGUUUUCAAGCCAAACACAAAUCUGCAAUGUCGUUUCGGAUAGUGGAACACAAUCCCAAGGCGAAGGAACGUACGGUGAACUCAAAGCACAACAGCGAAGCCCAUGUGUCAUUGAUGCUGAGGCACAGGUUGCUGUGGAGCUGAUACCAGCUGAAAUCUUAAUGUCGCGAUGCGACAUUGAAAAUAUGGAUUUGGAAUUUGAAGAGGACAACGAUGGCGAUGUGUAUAAAGUACGAAUGAAGUCAGUCACAUGUCCAGCGAAAGUGAAAGUAAAACCACAUCUGGUAGAAGGUUCAGGCGUGUAUAUUGCUGGCAUUAAAAACUCUAAAAAGAUUGCAUUCAGUGUUUGUUCCGAAAACAUGAGUGAUACCGAUGGGUAUGCGGGGUUACAGUCAUCAGCUACAUUCGAAUUACCUAUAAGGACAACAAACAUCUGGCAAGGAACGCGAAGUACCAGCAAAUUACCCCAACAAAAUCGUAUUCGACUGAUACCAUGGGGACAAAAAGGACAAAAAACUGCAUCAUCAGAUACGGUCACUCAAAUUCUCUCAGUAACAACAGAUGCGUCGGUGCAGGUGGGAACGAAACUUGUCCCCCAAGCCAUUGGGAUUGCUCCCGUACACUUGGAGAAUAUGGAGGUCUCAGUGGCAAGUCAGAGGGGGAGAAAUCGCGAACAGACUUUGUCCGCAUCAGCAUUACUCUAUCCUGCUCAGGUUGAACUAAGAAGCAAGCUCAUGGAUGAACAGAGUGGAAUCGAAGUUGUUCCGCUAGACCAGGUUGAAGUCGUAAAUAUGAGCAGUCCAGAAGUGGAUCCUCUAGUUCAUUACACUCACUCUUCGAGCGGCUGGGUUGACGCUGCACCGAUUGGUUUGCAAACACAGGAAAGGCGAAAGUCGAAUCUACUUCCAGCUAGUCUUGUGAUGGAAACUAGUCAGUUUGAUGGCCGACUUAGGACUCCUGAACUCGCAUCCCAAGCCCUUGUUUGUGAACUUCUUUCCGGAUCGAAGAAGCUGGAGGAGUUGACGAUUAGAGCUAAGCCUGCGCCCAAGGGAAGCAUUGAGUACAGUGGCGAUAAGGCGGCACAACAACUGGGAUAUGUAGCAGUUGAAGCAGUGUCCCAAACUGUCUCAUUGACAAUGGAACGUUUGAGUGAAUCCAACCUUCACGAUCAAAACAUUUCAUCUUCGAACUCGAAACACUCUGUUGAGGUCCAGGUAGGUACAAGGCUAGUUCCGAAAGCGCUUAAGGUUUCUCAAAUACCCAUUACAAAUCUUAAGCUCGAAUCAGUUUCCUCCCUCCGUAACGAAAAAGAAAGCUUUUUGAUUGAAGCUGCUCGGUGUCCUGCAGAGAUCGUUACGAUAACAGAACUAUGUGAAGACAGCGGAAUUUUUAUCUGUUCACUUGAUCAGCCAGCAGAAAUAGGUGUUGGAAUGUGUAAAGAACCGGUGCCCAUUUUGGCAUUUCCCCGAACAGUCAGUAAGGAGAGUUCAAAUAAGAAAGUUGAUUCCGUUUCUGGUUCAUGGGAAAGUACUACAAACAAAUCUCUGCGGAAUGCUAGCAUAAAACUUCCUGUUGAAGGGAUACAGGCAAAUUCAAGCAACCUCCUUUUAAAUGAGAGUAGUCUAAGAUUGCAGGCAGAAGUUAUAGUCCGUUCAGAAAGUGGGAAUUCACUCAACCAGACGGACUCGACUGGAUUUAAGGACUCCAUUUCCGAGUUUAAACUUGUGGUAUUUAAUGCGAGCACUCAAAGUACUUCUAAAUCCGCAAGGGAAGCUGCUAAUGGACCUAUGACGCCAAAGCAGCAAUUGAUCACAGUGAAUCCCACAACGUCCAGUCUUAUUGGACCAAAUGUGAAUGAUCAUGGCAUACAGGUAGGUGUGAGACUAGUCCCUAUCAGCAUUGAGAUCAAACCAAUAAAAGUGGAGAACAUGGAAGCUGUUUUGACUAACAAAACCACCCUUAUUUCCAAUGAAAUCGACGUCAGUGCAAUUCUCUGUUCUUCUGCUAUCCAGUACAACGAAGUUCUAACAGAAGUCUCAGGAGUUCACGUUGUUCAAAUCGACAACAGCGCUGACAUCUCCCUUACAUACUGUGGUAACCAAUUUGCAACCAGCGCAAUAAAAUCCGCCCAAUCGAGUAUUGAUGGAAAGAAGUAA